CGCGGCGAAGCCCAUUUCUGUCGCUUCUCGCAGCCCCUCGCCAUGGACUGCGCGGCCGAAGCCGAGUUCAACAUCCUCCUGGCGACCGAUUCGUACAAGGUUACUCAUUAUAGGCAAUAUCCGCCCAAUACAAGCAAAGUUUAUUCCUACUUUGAAUGCCGAGAGAAGAAGACUGAAAACUCCAAAGUAAGGAAGGUGAAAUAUGAGGAAACCGUAUUUUAUGGGUUGCAGUACAUUCUUAAUAAAUACUUAAAAGGGAAAGUCGUGACCAAAGAGAAAAUCCAGGAAGCCAAAGAGGUCUACAAAGAGCAUUUUCAAGAUGAUGUCUUUAACGAGAAGGGUUGGAACUAUAUUCUUGAGAAGUACGAAGGACAUCUUCCUAUCGAAGUUAAGGCCGUUCCCGAGGGCUCUGUCAUUCCUCGAGGAAACGUUCUCUUUACGGUGGAAAAUACGGAUCCCGAGUGCUACUGGCUGACAAAUUGGAUCGAGACAAUACUUGUUCAAUCCUGGUACCCAAUCACGGUGGCCACAAACUCCAGGGAGCAGAAGAAAAUUUUGGCCAAGUAUUUGCUGGAGACCUCUGGUAGUUUGGAAGGUCUAGAAUACAAGCUGCAUGACUUUGGCUACCGAGGAGUUUCCUCCCAAGAGACUGCUGGAAUAGGAGCAUCUGCCCAUUUGGUUAAUUUCAAAGGAACUGACACAGUAGCAGGAAUCGCCUUAAUUAAAAAAUACUAUGGGACAAAAGACCCCGUCCCAGGGUAUUCCAUUCCAGCCGCGGAGCACAGUACUAUAACGGCUUGGGGGAAAGAUCAUGAAAAGGAUGCCUUCGAACACAUAGUAACCCAGUUUUCAUCAGUCCCGGUGUCCGUGGUCAGCGAUAGUUAUGACAUUUAUAAUGCCUGUGAAAAAAUCUGGGGCGAAGACCUGAGGCACUUAAUUGUAUCCAGAAGUGCAGAAGCGCCACUGAUAAUUAGACCAGAUUCGGGAAAUCCUCUUGACACAGUAUUAAAGGUUUUGGAAAUCUUAGGUAAAAAGUUUCCUAUUGUGGAAAACUCCAAAGGCUACAAGUUACUGCCACCUUAUCUCAGAGUUAUUCAGGGAGAUGGAGUAGAUAUCAACACCCUGCAAGAGGUUGUGGAAGGCAUGAAGAAGAAGAAGUGGAGUAUUGAGAACAUCUCCUUUGGGUCUGGCGGAGCCCUGCUGCAGAAGCUGACGCGGGACCUCUUGAAUUGCUCCUUCAAAUGUAGUUACGUCGUGACUAAUGGGCUCGGGAUUAAUGUCUUUAAGGAUCCUGUCGCCGAUCCAAACAAAAGGUCAAAGAAAGGUCGUCUGUCUCUCCACCGGACUCCCAAUGGGAACUUCGUCACGCUCGAAGAAGGAAAGGGAGACCUCGAGGAAUGCGGACACGACCUCCUCCGUACCGUCUUCAGGAACGGCAAGGUGACGGAGUGCUACUCGUUCGACGAAGUGCGGAGAAACGCCCGGCUGAAAGACCGCGAGCUCGAACCCGCCCCCCACUAGCCUCCCGGCUCCUCGAGCGGGGCGCGUGUCGAGGGGGGAAGGCCUAACUCAUGAUAUAUUGUACAGAGCUGUGUGGUUUUUGUGUUGGAUGAUGCAGUACAGCCCAAUUCUCCGUCGGUUUACGCCCUAUCUACCGCCCUAUUUCUUUUGCCAGUGUUUAGAAGAUCGAAAAUGGGGAGAGGACCCAACUGGGGGAAAAGGAUUCAGCGCUUCUUAGGGCCCUUCGCCAAUAGCUAGCGAGUCAAUCUGGUAUUGAUCUUUCCACGGACAACACAGCCGAGAAACUUUUUUUUAUAUAUAACGGAACAGCCCAUAAAGCGGAUUUACACGCGGUGAUCACGAUGGCUUUAUGUUUAUAUUUAACUUGUAUUUUUGUACAAACGAGAUCGUGUAAGAUAUAUUUAAGGUUUCAGCGACUCAACGGUCUUUCCGACUUCUCGUGAUUUUUACGAGCACCGUUUCAAGAAACUACUCGGAGAAGAUUCAUCGCCUUCCGUCCGUCAGUCAGCAAAUAAAACAUGGCCUUAACGAAGUCAUUGGUGUCACUGUCCCGUUGGAAAUACCGACCUCCCGGUCCCCCGUUAAUUAUUUCCGCACUAAAGACACGAUGGUUCUUGUGGAGGGCGCCGGUCACACCUGUCAGCGCCCUGGGCGCGGCGUGAGGUGGAGACCCACGAAAUACCAAAUCGCGAGGGAGUCUGUCUGUACUGCAAAUUGUGCCAGCUAUUGCCUAUGACUCGAUUAUGCACCUCAAGAUUUUGUAGAGAUAAUGCUUUUAAGGGAACGCCUCUUCCAUGUAGGUUAUAUAUAUAUGUGUAUAAAUAUAUAUAUAUAUACAUACAUACCUGUAAAAUAUUGACAGAUGUGGAAGUGGUGUAUUUUAAAGUAAUAACACUUCUGGGCUUAUUUUUCGUAUUCUAGAGACGACAUGACUUUGCCGUGAAACAUUGGACUGGGUAGUGCACUUGAUUUUGAUCUUUACUUUCUUAUCCAUCGGGUCUUUUUUUUUUCUCGUCAAACUGGAAUAGAGUUUUUUUUCUUUUUUAAAGAAAAAACAACAUUGUAGAAAGUAGUGACCCGAGCGAAGUCUUGGAUCUGAACGACGGUGCGCGUUUGACCGGAGUCGGGGCCCGGUCUGGGCUCGACGGCUGCCCCGGGGCCGCGGUUCCGAGCCCGCAUGGGGCAGCCGUGAAUUUAAUAACGCACUGCCAAGUCCCGGGCCCGGUCCCGCUCUCCGGAGGAAGAGGUUUCCGAGGUUUCCAAGCCUAAGGCCCGGAAGACUCUGGCCCGUUCCGGAGCGUUUCCCCGUAUUUCCCUGUUAGGUGCGCUCCCCUAAGGAGGCUGGGUUGAAGAGGAUCCUAGACAAAAGCAAAGAACAAACCAUCGCCGUGAGAACGGUCUAAAACCAAAAAGCCAUAAAAACACGGCCCUCGGGCAGAGCUCGGUAUCUCGGGAUACCGAGAUGGGCGGUUGGGAAAGAACGCGCUUCUCCCCUUUUAGACUGUGAGCCCACUGUUGGGUAGGGACUGUCUCUAUGUGAUGCCAAUUUGUACUUCCC